AUGCAUUUGUCACUAGAUACUAUGAACAUGGUGGACGACAGCUGCCUCUCGCCCGGCAACUUCCACGAGAUGGUAAAAGGUGGCGUGGCAGCCAUCGGCACUCGUGUCCACAGCAUCGAUGUCAUCCUGGGCUUCACUAAGGACCAGGGCCCAUUACUCAAUCCUGGAGCCAACACUGUGCCUCACAAAGUUGGAGUGGAAAGUUUAGGAGACCCUGGAAAGCAGGAUCACCCAGCACACCCAUACGGACACAUGCCUCUGAGGGACAACAAUGAGCAACCUGCUUUUCAUGACGCUGAAAUAUUCUCCAAUAAGUGUGAGGGUGAGCUGGGAGAGGUGAGGAAGUCGUCCGAUAGUGACAGGAAGUCUCCGGAGCAGGGGGAUGAGGAACAGCCGAAGAAGAAGCACCGGCGGAAUCGGACCACCUUCACUACCUACCAACUCCACGAGCUGGAGCGGGCCUUCGAGAAAUCCCACUACCCCGACGUCUACAGCCGCGAGGAACUGGCCAUGAAGGUCAACCUGCCUGAGGUUCGAGUGCAGGUCUGGUUCCAGAACCGUCGGGCCAAAUGGAGGCGGCAGGAGAAGAUGGACGCCAGCGCCGUGAAGCUCCAUGACUCACCCAUGCUGUCCUUCAACCGGCCACCCAUGCACACCAAUGUAGGGCCCAUGAAUAACUCCCUGCCCCUGGACCCUUGGCUGACCUCUCCUCUGACCAGCACCACGCCUGUGCACAGUAUUCCAGGCUUCAUGGGGCCUGCGCAGGGCCUGCAGGCGGGCUACCCUGGCCACGGAUUCCUCAAUACGCCCCAGCCCAUGGGCCAGAGCAUGCAGCCCAUGGCCCCGCCCCCCUACCAGUGUCCGGCAGCUUUUACUGACAAAUACCCGCUGGAGGACGUUGACCAGCGCAGCUCUAGCAUCGCCUCGCUGAGGAUGAAAGCCAAGGAACACAUUCAGUCCAUGGACAAAACAUGGCAACCCAUGUGA